GCGGCAGGCACAUUGAGACGCCCCCAGCGCGAUGCUCAAUCUGCAUAUAGGAAACACCCGUAACUCGCGACGAUCACACUUCGCAGCAUCGGAUGUUUGUCGCUGUGCCCUUGAGGGAUCUACAGCCUCAUCAUUCCGACGACCACCAUCGCCUUCAGCCAGAUGAAUUCAGCCGCAUUGAGCAAACGGCCAACAUCCAGGUGCCCAUCACUCCAAACAACAGAUUACCCUCGUUUCGCCGGAACCAGCACACCGGGCGCAGCACUCAUCGUUCUCCGGAUGGUGGUGUUACCUUGACACAACACGACGUACCCGCAACUCCUACACCCUCCUUAUGUGCAAGCGCCAACAUUGGUCGACGUCGGUUCCACCAUGGCUCGUUGCUGAGCUCACCUGCAAGACCUGGUCAUGCGAGCCGGAUGAAGCAAAUCUUCGAAGAAGCCGGCCUCGAGAGCAAGCCAUCGCAGCAUGGAGUCGCUCUAUACCCACAGCUCCCAAAUAUUUCCAGGGCAACUUCACCACCCCCUCGGGACCAGAAACGCCAGCAUGUUCCUCAAAGUACACCCGCUUAUGGUCCAGGAUCACUAUUACCGUCCAAGGAGCUGCUUUCAGCCGCACCAGAGAUCGCACACUCCCACGAGUCCCCCACGUCUUCAUCUAAGCGCUCUUCAGGGUCUUGGUCAGGCGACUCCGGCUAUCUAGUAGUAGGACGGCAAGGCGCUUCCCCUAAAAGAACUGUCUCCAUAGAGGACCAAAUCCGCGACUGGUUAUCAACAGUAUCUCAGGCAGAAGUCGCAGGCGUUAACGAAGGAUAUUCCGAUGCUCUCCGACAAGAAACUGUCGAGCCCACCCAAUCCGUUGACAAGACCUAUGAGCUUGGUAACACCAGACCGCUCUCGUCCAAUCGGGUAGAGAAUCCAAAGCAUCCACAGAGUCGCCAUGGACUGCUUCAUGACCCUUUUAUGCCCGACGACAGCAGCGAUUGCAGCGGCAGCAAAUUUUCCACCGAUGGAUCCAACUACGUCACGGCCGGAUCAUAUCGUCCACCUCCAUCGGCCCGGUCCCAGAGGCACAUCUCCGAUGUGUGCAAGCGCCUCAUUCUCGAUCAACCUCCACCCGCAAUGAAUCAAUGUACGAUGAAGGACCAGAGCCCAGGCCUCGCACCAGUGACGCCACUCGCUCUCGGUCGGACCGUGUCCAUCAAUUCCCCAAACACAUUGCACGAUGCAGAUGACGGCGGGAUCGAAUUGAGCCCCCUCAGCCCGAAUGUGUGCAUCGAGCGCGGACCGUCGCGCUAUCAUUCAGACUACACAUCCCCAAGGAAGCUUGCUCUGGAGCCGCCGGACUGCACGCCGACGAAGUAUAAGAGCGAGCAGAUGAAGGCGAAUGUCGUCAACGAUGAGAACAUGCCACAAAGCGCAAAGACGUUGCGUAUUCUCGGCAGCGCCCGCAGAGGAGCAAGAUUUUGGCCUCCACCGGGUGCUACAGGAAGUCUAAUAGGACGAUGAGUUUACUUGAGGAGGGCUUUUGUGCUGUUGCAUACUCGGAAAAGACAUGAGAUGCGUCUGUCGGGGCUGGAAUGGAUAGUGCAUGCUGAAGGAUAGCGCCAGCGCGGGAAGUAAGUGAGAGGCCAUACCAGUGUUUGAUAAGUUGUGGUAGAACUCGAAUCGUUGGAGGUCGGCAAACUCACGAGGCCCCACCCCGGCGUAAGUAGCCGCGCAAGGCAUCGACCCAUUUUCCAAAACCGUAGGAUCUUGGUACAUGAACAGCUGAAAGCUUUCCCCAAUAAAAUCCCUCAAU